AUGGCGCUGCUCCUGGACUCGUGGGUCGCCGAGUUGGUGGUCGUCUUGUCGGCGGCCGUGUUCGCUGUCUACCUCUGGUUCUCCAGUAGCUACAGAUACUGGAAGAACAAGGGGGUGCCGUACGUGGAACCUACGGUUCCGUUUGGAAACUUCCGGAGAAACUUUUUCGGCCAUGAGUCUAUUGGUCAGACCUUGCAGAACAUAUACAAUCAGCUGCCAAAAGAGAGGUACGUCGGGUUUUACGGAUUCCGUCGGCCACUGCUGCUUAUCCGUGACCCUGAACUCAUCCGCCACGUCCUUGUCAAGGAUUUCGGGACGUUCCACGACAGGGGACUGUUCAUCGGCGGAAGAACCUCUCAACAAACAUCUCUUUUCCCGGCGGGAAAGAAGUGGCGCCAGCUGAGAAUCAAAUUAAGCCCUACGUUCACAUCCGGCAAACUUAAGGGCAUGUUUAAGACGAUCCAGGACUGCGGGCAAGAGAUGGCGGACAUGAUUGGAGAGAUGGUGGACCGCGGGCAGUCGGUGGAGGUGCGCGAGCUGAUAGCGCGGUUCACCACUGACGUCAUCUCCUCCGUCACCUUCGGCCAGGAGUGCAACUGCCAGCGGAACCCGGAGCACGAGUUCCGACAGUGGGGACGCAAGAUCUUUGAGCCCACUUGGCAAUCAAGCAUCGGUUUCGUUCUGAGCUUUGUGAGCCCAACACUAAUGGAGUAUUUAAGAGAGAAGAACAACUUUACAAGGAAAGACUUCAUGGACCUUCUCAUUCAGCUCAAAAACAAGGGAUACGUCGACCCUGACAAAGGAGACGCAGUGGAGAAUGGGCAGGAGAAAGGAGCCGGCACCACCGACAAAUUGUCAAUGGAAGACAUGGCAGCGCAGGCGUUCGUCUUUUUCGGUGCAGGCUUCGAGACUUCUUCAACAGCGACGAGCUUCACGCUUCACGAACUGGCGCUCAACCCCGACGUACAGAGCAAGCUGCACGAUGAAAUUGACGCCGUGCUCGAGGAAAACGGCGGUGAAAUUUCCUACGACACCAUCGGCAAAAUGACUUACCUCGACACGGUUGUAUCCGAGUCUCUCAGGAAAUAUCCACCAGCACCUGUGCUGAACAGAGAGUGCAACCAAGACUACAAGAUUCCAGACAGCGACGUCGUUCUGGAGAAGGGAACUCCAGUAGUGCUGUCUGUGCUGGGCCUCCACCACGAUCCCACGCAUUUCCCUGACCCCGACCGCUUCGACCCUGAGAGGACCACUUUUUACAGAUUUUCGUAUGAGGAUGGGCCUGUUGCAAACCAACAUCCUGUCAAAGUACAGUGUGCGACCCACAGAGAAGACAGUAACUAA